AUGAAUCUGGAGGCAAAGACCGUACAUCCAUUCUUUUCUAAACCCCCUAACGGUCAGGUACCAAAUCCUUCACAACCCAAGAAUAAUGCCUCGGCGAACAACGUCCAAGACGCCCCCGAAUCCACGGAUACAGACUCUAAGCCUAGUAAAGGCCGCAAGAAGAGGGCACCAACCAAUGAUGGAGUAAAAGAGAAAAACUUUGUAUCUCACUUAAAGAACCAGGCAUCUCUGGAUCGCUUUACUCGGCCUCCACCGGCACAAGCAACGAAUGGGGAUAUUGUGGAUGGCAUAAGCGACUCUGUCGAAAUUUCCUUGGAGGUAGAUCCCAACCACGAUCGAAGAAAAAGGCAAAAGACGCAAUCUCCAGAGCCCUUGCUCGAUUCAUCGGCCUUGGCACAACUUGAACCGACUUCUCUGGACUGGCACCAACAAUUACAGAUACAGGUCGAUGGACCAACGGACUUGGAUUUACGGCCAAACACCCAUGUGCAUACCGACGUGAAUAUGACUGGUGUGCCCGAAGCGAUUGAAUAUGACCAGAAGGAACACUCAAACACAUCCACCACACCCAGUACGCCGUCACUGCCAACUCACCCGGAGCCAGUCGCUGUUCCGUCUGAACCCCCACUGGACGAGCCAAAGAACGUAACACCAAAGAAGCAAAUCAAAAUCACCAAAAGCGGUAGACUUGUCUCUAGCCCACCAAGAUUAGCAGUAGAUCCGAUAUCACCUCCAAAGAAGAGAAGAGGUCGGAAGCCCAAGCAUGCUAAAGUCCUUCCUACAGUGACGGUUAUCAAAUAUGGCACAGACCCAGCGAGUCGAUCUGCCAUUGGCCAAAAGAUCGAAGAGAUCCUGAGUGCAAAGAGGAAAUCGACUAAACGCGAAGCAUCUCAGAAGAACGCACAGCCGAAACCAGCUGCAUCGUCGAAAGUAACGCAUCCUUUCUUUCUUGGCAAGGCUCAGAAGGACGCCCCUCCAGUCAAAGUCGUCACAGAGCUGCCCGCCGCGACCCCCAGGAAAAGUGCGGUCACUCCUGGGAAGUUGCGUGCCGAGACUCGUAGAGACGAAUCACCAGAGCCCACCUCGUUCUAUCAUAGGGGACUACAAACAAGCAAAGCUGGCAAACAAUCUGGUCUCAACGAGCCCUUGUGGCCAACUAGCGAAAAUGUGCAUGUUCGUAAUAUGGAGCCGACGAACUUGCCAACGCGCCUGGAUAAUUCCAACUGUGUGCAACUAGCAUUGAGGCCACGAAAGAUGAAGAAUGCUGUUGUAUCCCUUCCAGGACAUGAAUAUAUGAUUGCAAGACUUGCACUGGAUCUUUCCAAGGAUCAAACCCGGAAAAACCAAGACCGUACGACCGAAUUUGCACCUCCUCAAGAUGUCCGACUUCCAACACGUCUACUCACCACAGGUCCCAAUAUUAAGCGUAGAGUACAUGAGCAGCUGUUGGCUAGAUCACCCUCCCUAGCUAUUACCGGGCAACAACAAUCAUUCCACAGAGCCGUUGUAGAUCUCCUUAGACAAAUUGAGUACAAUCUCACACCCUUUGAUGAGGGAAAGUGUGAGGUACAAUCCUGGACGCAAAAGUAUUCCCCAAAGUCUUCGGCUCAUGUGCUGCAGACAGGCACAGAUGCAGUAGUUCUCAAAGAUUGGUUGCAAAGUCUAACAGUCAUGACUGUGAGUGGUGCAUCAAAAACCGCUGCUACAGUAGAUGUGAAACAGCCACCCCGGAAGAAACGCAAGAAGGCCUUUGAUGACUUUAUUGUGCCAGACGAUGAAGAAGAGGAGGAAGAAGACAUGGUGAUGCUGCCUCAUGUAGAGGGGAGAAGCUACAUGGAGCUAGGGUCUUUCAGACGGCCACAAUGGACGCGUGAUAAGAAUGUCAUACUUAUCAGCGGGCCUCACGGAUGUGGCAAAAGUGCAACCGUUCAUGCGGUGGCUAAAGAGAUGGGAUUUGAAGUCUUCGAGAUCCAUGCCGGAAUGCGCCGCUCAGGCAAAGAUAUUCAGGACAAAGUUGGCGACAUGACCGGAAACCAUCUAGUGAACCACAAACGCAACGCAGCAUCGAUCCAAGAGCCUUCUCAACCCGUAGAGAAUGCGGAAGAAGAGCAUGUCGAUGCGCUUGAAAAAGACAUCAGUAGCGGCCGGCAAGGGACCAUGACCUCUUUCUUUCAAGCAAAGGCCAAAGCAACGGUUCCAAAACCAAAGCCACAACCACACGAAAUCAAGAAGGUAGCACCAUCACCGGCCCAAGCUACGCUUCCACUCACAACAACGUCACGUACAUCUCAGAAGCAAUCUCUGAUUCUCAUUGAGGAAGCCGACAUUCUAUUCGACGAGGACCAGCAGUUCUGGGCACAGAUCACAAAGAUUGCAUCGCUUUCCAAACGUCCCAUCGUUAUCACUUGUAACGAUGAAAGACAAAUACCAAUGCACGACCUACCACUUGCUGCUGUCUUGCGACUUCAACCUCCUCCUGUGGAACUCGCCACGGACUACCUACUUGUUUUAGCUGGCAGGGAAGGACACAUUCUUGCGCGACAAGCUGUGAAGGAGCUUUACCAAUCCAAAGGCUGUGAUCUCCGAGCUAGUAUCAUGGAGCUUGACUUUUGGUGUCAAAUGUCCGUUGGAGACAGAAAGGGUGGCUUGGAGUGGACGUAUCAGCGCUGGCCGCCAGGCAAAGACGUUGAUAAACAUGGUCAAACGCUGAGAGUUGCUAGUGAGGGCACAUAUCAAUCCGGCAUGGGUUGGCUCUCGCACAACAUCUUUGAGGCCUCCACCAACACCGCCUUCGACAAGGAAGAAGAACUCCUGCAAGAAGUCUGGACAGAUUGGGGCAUCAGCCCUUCAGACUGGGGAGCCCCAAUGAUGAGCAACCAACAGAUGCUCAACACACAGAACGCAGAGCCAUCCCACCGCCUGCAAGCUCUCGACAGUCUAGACGCAUAUACUGAGUCUCUCAGCGCAGCAGAUAUCUUCAGCCGCGUAGACCUCCCCUCCUACAGCCCUUCCCACACCCAACCCACCGACGCCUCCCAACCCCCCAUCCCCGAAAAAUCCCGUCAAAACUACACCCUCGCAGCCCCCCUUCUCCAAAUCGACCACACAACCGACUUCCUCCACCUCUCCACCGCCCUAACCCUCCAAACCCACCUCCUCAUCCACCGCACCUACCCAGCUCUCUCCCAAACCCGCUGCACUCCCUCCCCCAGCCCCUCCUCACCAACCUCCGAGCCCGCCUACGCCAAAGCAAUCUUACGCCACGAACAACUCAAAACCUCGAAACAACACCUUACCCGCGCAGACUUCGCAGCAGCACUAGACUGCCUCGCCGCGCCCCCCGAUCAACUCAUGCCAGAACGCACCUCCUUCACCCUCACCCCCUCAUCCUUCGAUCGAAAUUUCAGCAUCAUCACGCUCGACCUCGCCCCCUACGUCCGCAGCAUCGUCGCCCACGAGCAGAGUCUCGAGCAGAUCCGCGCGCGAAUGUCCGACGUACUCGGUCCUACUACCACCACCACCACCACUACCGGUGGCCUAGGCCCAGCGCGCAAGCCGCGGACUACGCGGGCGAGUCGGGUUGCGCUUGAGGGCGGGGUUCGCGAGAGCAAGAGGCGAGAGCGGUGGUUCGAGGCGCUGGGCGAGUUCGAAGGCGUGAUGAGGACGGGUGGGCGGACGUGGGCGGGGAUGGGGUGGCGGGGCGAAGAGAAGGAUGAAGUUGCUAGUUUGGUUGGUUCGGAGCGGGAUGGGGAGUUUGAAGUUGAUGAGGAUUAUGUCAUGGGUGGGUAA